GGACACACCUUCUUUUUUAAUGGUUUUUCUGUAUUUUCAUGAGUUUUUACAUUAUAGAUUCUAACUGAAGGCAUUAAAACUAGGAAUAAACACAUAUGGAAUUAUGCAGUAAACAAAAAAGUGUGAAAUAAGUCAAAAUGUGUUAUAUAUUAGAUUCUUCAAAAUAGUCACCCUUUGCUUUGGUUACUACUUUGCACACUCUUGGCAUUCUCUCCAUGAGCUUCAUGAGGUAGUCACCUGAAAUGGUUUUCCAACAGUCUUUAAGGAGUUCCCAGAGAUGUUGAGCACUUGCUGGCUCUUUUGUCUUCACUCUGUGGUCCAUCUCAUCCCAAACCAUGUGGAUAGGGUUUAGUAGGUCAGGUGAUUGUGGAGGCCAGGUCAUCUGAUGUAGCACUCAAUUACUGUCCUUCUUGGUGAAAUAACCCUUUGCAGUCUGGAGGUGUGUUUGGGCUGAUUGUCUUGUUGAAACAUAAACAAAGGCCCAACUGAACGUGAACUGGACGGGAUGGCAUGUGGCUGCAGGAUGCUGUGGUAGCGAUGCUGGUUCACUGUGCAUUGAAUUUUGAAAAAAAUCCCCAACAGUGUCAUCAACAAAGCACCCCCACACCAUCACACCUCCUCUUCCAUGUUUCACGGUGGGAACCAUGCAUGUAGAGACGAUCCAUUCACCUUUUCUGCAUCGCACAGACACAGCAGGCGGAACCAAAGAUCUCAAAUUUAGACUCAUCAGCCCAAAGCACAGAUCUAAUGUCCAUUCCUUGUGUUUCUUGGCCCAAACAAAUCUCUUCUGCUUGUAGCAUUUCUUUAGUAGUGGUUUCGUAGCAGCUAUUUGCCAAUGAAGGCCUGAUUGGCACAGUCUCCUCUGAACAACUGAGAGAUGUGUCUGUUACUAGAACUCUGUGUGACAUUUAUCUGGGCUCUAAUCUGAGUUGCUGUUAACUUGUGAUUUGUGAAGCUGGUGACUCAGAUGAACUUAUCCUUAUGUUUGCUACAUAAUCCCAUAUAUCUUGCUUCAUAGUUUUGAUGUCUUGAGUAUGUAUCUACAAUGUAGAACAUUGUAAAAAAAAGAAAAGAAAGAAAGAAAAAGAAAAGAAAAACAUGAAAUGACAAGGUGCAUACAAACUUUUGACCGGUAGUGUAGUUAAUGAUAUGAUGAUUAUUUACUGACUUUAAAGUACCUCAAACAAAAAAGUAUUUGCCAAGAAUGGAACAAAAAUGUUAUCAGGUCGGGAAUUCUACUAAAUAAAUAAAUAAAUAAAUAAAUAAAUAAAUAAAAAUUGUAUUUCUAUUUCAAUCGACCACAGUAAAUAUAGUAGAACAGGUAGUCUCACUCACUGUACAUCAUUAUGUACAGUGAGUGACACUACACAGACAUGGUGGUCUGAAACAUACAUGGUGCUCAGUAUCUAUUACAUGAAAUUCAUUAGAGGGCGGCGCCUGAACCUGCAGAGCCCUAUUUAAAGCGGCCACCCCCCCAGGAAUGAUGGCACUGGAUUCUGGUUGAAGGACUUCACUCAGCUGGGAAUUAGCUGCAACCGCCAACAUGCCGGCCAAGCCUGCCCCAAUCAAGAAGGCGGCAAAGAAAGAACCAGCCAAGGAGGAGAAGACUCCGGUGCCUGCUCCUGAACCUGCUCCGGAGCCGGAGCCCGCUCCUGCCGAGGCCGCCCCGGCUGAAGCUGCCCCUGCUGAGGGUGAAGCUGCCCCCGCCGCCGAGGGAGAGGCAGCAGCAGCCCCACCAGCUGAGGAGCCUAAACCCCCCACCCCUCCACCCGCAGACGCUGAAGCUGCUGAGGCACCUGCACCAGAAGAGCCUAAACCACCCACUCCUCCACCACCUCCACCCAAAGAGCCCACAAGUGCUCCUGUGGAACUGUUUGUGGAGGACAAGAAUGACACUUCAGUUACUAUAAUUUGGAGCCAGCCGGAGAACAUCGGGCCCUCAGGCCUGGAUGGUUACACCAUUGAAGUCUGCAAGGAUGGAACUGAGGACUGGAAAGCAGUCAAUGAGGACCUGCAGAAGUCCUCCCGUUAUGUCAUCAAAAACCAAACCACUGGUGAGCGUCUGAAGAUCCGUGUGGUGGCUGUGAACGCUGGAGGCCGCAGCCCCCCCGUCGCCCUCGCCGAGCCUGUACUGGUGAAGGAGGUCGCUGACCGCCCCAAGGUGCGUUUGCCUCGUUUCCUCAGGCAGAGAUACGUCGCUCACGUUGGAGACAAGAUCAACCUGACCAUCCCCUUCACAGGCAAACCCAAACCUGUGGUCACCUGGACAAAGAAUGGUGCAGCACUGGACACCAAGAGGGUGAACAUCCGCAGCACUGAUAGAGACAGCAUCCUCUUCAUCCGUGCAGCUGAGAGGGAAGACUCUGGAGUCUACGAGAUGUGUGUGAAGGUGGAGGACUUUGAGGACAAGGCUUCACUCACUCUUCAGAUUGUUGAGCUGCCAGGGCCUCCUGCCAGUGUAAAGAUUGUGGAUACCUGGGGCUUCAACGUUGCUCUGGAGUGGACUCCACCCACCGACAAUGGAAACACAGAAAUCACGGGUUAUACAAUCCAGAAGGCCGACAAAAAAACUGGAGACUGGUUCACUGUGUUGGAGCAUUAUCACAGACUGAAUGCCACCAUCUCUGACCUUAUUAUGGGCAACACUUACAAGUUCAAAGUGUUUUCUGAGAACAAGUGUGGAAUCAGCGAGGGCGCUGCUACUACAAAGGACGAGGCCAAGAUCCUGAAGACAGGUAUCGAGUACAAGCCUCCUGAGUACCAGGAGCAUGACUUCUCUGAGGCGCCCAAGUUCACCACAAAUCUCAGCGACAGAGCCACCACCGUUGGCUACAGCACCAAGCUGCUCUGCUCCGUCAGGGGAUUCCCAAAACCCAAGAUCAUUUGGAUGAAGAACCAGAUGAUUAUUGGAGAUGACCCCAAGUACAGACAGAUCUGUGUCCAGGGUAUCUGCUCUCUGGAGAUCCGAAAACCUGGUAACUUUGACGGUGGUGUGUACUCCUGCAGAGCUAAGAAUGAUCAUGGAGAAGCAACUAUCAGCUGCAAGCUGGAAGUCAAACAGCCAGCAGCUGCAGAUGCAGAGAAGAAAUAGGUCAACAUUCUCACAGGAGCAGAAGGAAUGAAGCCUUUGCAGCAUAAGGAAGGUGCUGGAUUCCUGGAAGAAGGUGUAUAUAUGGCUUUUGACCACACUUAACAAAGGGUUGUAGCCUGUGCUCUCUUGUCAAGUGCAAGAGAUGAUGCAUGAUGAGCAAUUGCUGUCAUCGCUUUAUGCCUACAAACAUAUCAUGAAAUCCAUAUCCAAGUCCACAAUCAACUUUUUCCGCAACAAUACUGUCUAUGGUAGCUAAGUUAUUAGAUGAUCAAAAACCGUACCUCCCUAGUUGUCAGUUUAACUGCUACCAAGAAUUAUGCAUCAUGAAUUUACAGUUCCUCAUUGGUGAACUGCAUGUGACAUCUAUGUGUUUAUAUCAAUAAACAUUUUAAUUUCUGG